GUGCAGAAACACACUGAGACCACACUUCAUUUGGAAUAACUCGUCCCUUCAGACAUUCAUUGAAUCCUUCAAUUUACUGCAUUCAUUAUUUAUCCCCCAUUUUACACUGAGAUGCAAAGCAGGUGCCUACUACAAGUUGUUUUCGCCAUAUCAUCGCUCUUUUUAUCCAAAACACAAUGUGAUGUGAUGGGGUCAGGUGGUCACUCCAGCUGCCUCAGGUCCAGUCGUGCGGAUGACGGACAGACGCGCGUCACGUUCCUGCGAGAGGACGCAGCCGGUGUGCGCUGGUUGUUCCUCAGCCUGUGGUCUGAGGAUACCCGACCGCUAACAUGCGAGGUGAAUACCGAUCCACUCGUCACGGAAACAUACCGCAGUCUUUGCGACAGAAGAGGCGCCCAGGGUCAAGAAAUCACCCAGAAGAGGUUUAAUAUCAGUGCUCUGCUGGCUCCGGAUGCUCCCUGUGGCGCGCUCGUCUCCUCCAGCGCGCAAAGACGCACCAGAAGAGAUGAUGGCACAGAGAGGAAAACUCGGAGGAAACGCGCCUGGAUAUUCCCAGGGACGCUUUGGUGCGGCACUGGAAGCAAAGCUGCAGAAUACGACCAGUUAGGGAUGUUUGAGAGCGCAGACCGAUGCUGCCGUGAGCACGACCACUGCCUGCACAUCAUCCAGGCUUUAACGGUGAAUUAUGGAGUCUUCAACCCCAACUUCUUCACUGUCUCACACUGUGACUGUGACCAAAGGUUUCGACAGUGCCUUCUCGGUGUGAAUGAUACCAUUUCCAGCAUGGUGGGCUACAGCUUCUUCAACAUCCUGCGGGUUCCCUGCUUUGAGCUGGAACAGCGGAGGCGAUGCACUCAGAUGUACUGGUGGGGAACGUGUAGAGUAACCAAAAAGGCUCCCUAUGCCGUCUUCAAAAAACCCCUCCCUUACGCCGAUGUUACAAGCAAAUAUGGGGACAACACUGACAGCAAAGAGUCAACAAGUAGCGAGGGGCAGCAUGUAAACGAAAGCUUUGUGAUCAAUCCGCACAGAGAGUCACCCAAAAGUGAACGUAAGUGUAGCUCCAGAGACCCACCCAGAGGAGACACUUUCUACCCCAGGAGGAAAAAGGGAAAAGGCUGUAAAAGACACAGGAAACUGUAUACAGCAGCACCCUCCCAAAUUCCCCCGAUGUCAAGGGCACUCACCACUACUCCUUCAAUGAAAAUGGGUCUUUUAAAUGCUUCUAAAAGUAGCACAUUGAUGCCAAAUAAAAAAAGAGCUGGAAAAAAGAAGAGCACCAGAAAGGGCCUGUUGGCUUACACCACACAGGGAAGCCAAGUUCAACCACAGGAGACCUCAAAGUCUACAUCUACAACACAAUCGACACCGACAGCCACCACAACAGUGACUAAAACCACCGAAAGUCGCAAAAAAGGUCCAACACAAAGUCGCUGCUGUGGAUUCAGGACGCCUCUGAGAGGUGACACUUUUCAGCCUCGUUGCAAAAGUUGUCUAGAAGAAAAAGCGACACCUCGCGUGACAACUGUUACACCCUCAACAACUACAUAUGGAUUAGCAAUCAAAGUGACAACAGCUGGGACUCUGAGGCUGAAAAAGACAACAGAAACACCCAAACAAGACACUUUGAAAAGACUCUGGAGUACUACUGCAACGCCAGUCACAACAAAACUGAUGUCAGCAGCCUCCAUUCAUGAGGAUGACAAGCCUCAAAAGCAGAUGUAUUCUCCUCUACUACAGAAUAAUACAAGCCAGGAGCCCAUGGGUGGUACCACAGCCCAAAGCACACAUGCAGAGAGAGGCCUGAAGCAAAACAUUGCAUUACACAAUAUGACAGACAAUCAACUCCUGUGUGGAAGCCUCAAACAUCUGGAUGAAUGUAAAUACAAAAUCCAUCCUUUGGAGAAGAAGUAUGAUCUCCAGAACAUGGACUCAAAGACUGCUUACCACUGUGAUUGCACCAGCCGCUUGGCUGUUCAGAUUGAAAGCUUCAAGCGACCCAGUAUACUCCCCAAGCUCCUGAUGGACUUCGUCUCUCAAUACUGCUUUAAACUGCCAAAGGAGAAGAAAUGCCGCCGCAGAAAAAGCUGUUCUGGAGGCUUCACUAAAGCCUCUGACCUACUUCAAGCGCUUAAGAUGAUAGAGGAAAAAGACACUGCUGGGGUGCGAAAUUCAGGCAAUGACAGAAGAAGAGGGAUCCCUACUCGUCUUUAUAAGCGAUGCCUAAGGCUAGAAAAGAGAAGCUGAUGUUAUGGCACAGCUCACACGAUUUUAGACUAUAAGCUUCUGUGAGCAGCGACAAUGAAUUUGAUAAGCUUUACAUUUCAUGCAGCGUUUUCUGUUUCUCUCUGAUGGUGUAAAAUGGCAGUGCGUUGGAAAACAUUCAAGGACUUAAACCCUUGAAUAUGUAAUAUUUGUAAGUAUGCCAAUCAUGUAAAUUUAAUAUAUUUAUAAAGAUCUGUAAUUAAAAAUGCAAACCAUCAGAUUGUGCAUUGAAAAUGUAAUCAAAUAAUUUAUUUCUUGUUUCUGAUUGAAUUUAUUAAUUGAUUUAAAAUCAUAUGUCAAGAGUAUUUUUCAAAAUGAUCACAGGGUGGCAUCUUAUUACCUGCACUGCAUAUUGAUUAAGUAAGGAAAAAUAUCGAGAUAUAGUCCAUACUGCUAAGUCCAACAACAAAUUCUUGGUUUACUUUACAACUAGGAAUAAUUAUUCAUUAAUGGAAACAAAUAUUGUUACACUUCAGUAUAUGUUUUGCUACAUUUAUAAAACAUCCCUGAUCCAAAAUGUUUCGUGAGGACUGCAACCGGUUCAAUGUGCACUUCAUCUGCCAUUUCAUUUCAUAAACUCCAGCUCUUA